ACUCUUCGCAAUCUACAACACAACCGUAUUUCUUGACAGCCACAACGAACACAUAAAGCCAAGCACGAUGUCCACAGCUCCAGCUUCUGGCAAGGUGCCAGCAAACAACAAGGCAGAGGCCGCGACACCUGCCAAAGACUCGAAGCCGACUGUUACCUUGGAGGAGGAUGACGAGUUUGAGGACUUCCCUGUAGAUGAUUGGACACAAGAAGAGACCGAAGUACCAGAUAACAACACACAUCUUUGGGAGGAGAGCUGGGACGAUGAUGAUACCAGCGAGGACUUCUCUGCACAGUUGAAGGAGGAACUAAAGAAGGCGAGCAAAAAGAGGUGAACUGGGAGUUUGGAAGCUAAAGGGAGACACAUUAUAUUCGGAGUCAGGAAGGCCAACCACCAAUGCAAUGCAUAGCAUAGAAGGCAGCUGUUUGCGCAAAUAAUACGAACGCCUCACACAAGCUAUCGAACCAUGAGAUCAUUUGUGACUUCGAAACAC